ACACAGCGCUUGCCGUUGUUCAGCCAAAAGAACAGCUGUUGUAGCCAAAGUGGUGUUGUUUAAAGUGAAUUUUUGUCGUAAGCUAAAUUUCUAGUGUAUAUGUGCACCAUGUGCACGGCCAGCUAAGCCGGGUAACGCCCAACAAAUCCGUAAUGCAUUUGCGACCGCGCUGCAGCGAAUGGCUGCCGCUAGCAACGCAGCAAUUGCGCCUUCGCAACCUGGCACGCAUCCAAGGACUUAACAUCGAGUGCAGUUUGAUCGCCAACGCCGGCGGCGAGGAUCUCGAAUCGGGGCAGGAGGAGCAAGAGCUGCUUCUCUAUUACACGUUACAUGCUGAUAAGGCCAGUGAGGCGUUCUACACCAGCGAACCGCUGCCGCAGCGCCAUCAGCACCAAAAGUGGGCGGAGAUUUCUGCGGGCGACGACGUCUGGCGCAAAUCGAAUGCGCAAUGCGUCUGUGUCAAAGUCUGGGCCCAUUAUCAGCCAACAGCCGCCCAGCAAAGAGAAAAAAAAACUACAAGUGGCCCAAACGAGACUGAGCCAACAGCGGAGCCAGCGCAAAGUGCGCAGCUGACGCAACGUCUGGCCAAUGUGCAGUUAACACCCCACAAGCUGCCACGACCGCCGGAGCUCGUAUUCAGCUGGGGCGUUUACUUUUCCGGCCUCAUACCGCUGGCGACGCUGUCGCUGGCCAAUUGUCGGGCCAACUGUUUGAUUUUCCAUCUGAAUGGUGAGCACUUCACCUCGCCGGCGCUGAUCAGUGAGCAGGGUCUACACGCCCAGCUGCAUUUGCAGUACCAGCGCUAUUCCGAGUAUGACAAUAAGGAACAGCAUGUCGAAAGCGACGAUGGUGGCAUCAAUUCGCCGCCAGUCAGUCGCAGCAGCAGCCCCAUGCUGCGGAUGAGCAUCACGCGCUACACUCAGCUUGGCUGUGAGCUGACCAAGAUGCGAUACAGUUACAACUUGGAGACUCUGUUGUUGCUGCAGCGUCGCCAGCGUGAUCAGCUCAAGCAUCGGCGGGACGUGCUGGCGGUAAGCGCGGAGAUUGCUCGGCUAAGCGUUCGCUGCAUUACACGCAACGAGCUAAGACUAAAGCCGCGCUCCACUUCGAGCUCGGGCUCGCCGUAUGGCAGUCAGACGUCGCAGCAUUAUCGUCAUUCCAUGGGCCGCAUGCUCACCGAGCUGCUGGCCGAACAGCAAGAGAUUGCGCCCCUCACCCUCUACAGUGCCCAGCAGCUAACGCUGCAAAUCGAGGCGUUGCGCUGCAAGCAGCGUUUGCUGCAAACCGAACGCGCCACCUUCGCGGAACGCAAUGAGCGCCAAAAGGAGCGUUUACAGAUGCUGCGCGAGCAGCGCGAGGAACUGCAAUUUAAGCUGCACAACCAGCGGCUGCAGCUGGAGCAACAGCAUCUGGAGUGGCGUACGCAGUCGCCGCAGCGGCAAACGCAGCGCAAACAAAAGAAGUGUGAAAUUAAUCUGCAGGUGAAGCGACGCAGAUUCACGCUGGCGCUGGAGCUGCAGGAGAUCUACAACAUUAAGAGUCUGGGCUCGCAACAGUUUAGCAUUUGUGACAUUGCUUUUCCCCACAUGGAGCAUUAUACGUGCGAGUCGCGGCAGGCGGCCAAUGCACAAAUGCUGGGCAAUGUGUCGCCACUGGCGGUGAGCGCGGCGCUGAGCUAUGUGGCGCAUCUGGUACAGAUGCUGGCCUUCAUUAUGGAUCUGCCGCUGCGCAAUCCCAUCUCCUACGAACCGUCGCGUGCUCGCAUCACCGACAAUGUCAAAGAGCUGACCUACAACACAAGAGAUUUUCCUUUAUAUACACGCUCCAUUCUGCCAUCUCAACAAACGAAGUAUGCCAUUUAUUUGCUGCGGCAGAAUGUGUCGCAGCUGUGCUAUGUCAUCACAGAGCGCAAUGAUAUGCGGAACACAUUUGGCAAUCUGCUGGUGCUAUUCGAUUGGCUGCGCAAGCAGAACGACGAGGUCGAUUCAGGCGACAAGUGGGCGGUAAAUGUGAGACAUGCGAACGGCUUGACCGCAACUCUGGCUGGCAAUCCUCAGCUAUCGGAGUCGCACUCCUCGGUAGAUAUGAAUCACGUACCACUGCCCACAACGGCAAAUGUGGCCAAAGAUGCCCUGAUGCAACAUCUGAUGCCAGCGGGCGUGAGUCAGGCGCUGGCCAUCGAAGGCUAUGCGUCAACGCAGCGAAUCUGUCGCUCUGUGGGUUCCUACUCGGAUGGCGAGGAUGACUUUCGAGCCAGAUUGGAGCAAAGCUAUUCCAAUUCGGACUCAAAUAUUAAUCUACAAGUGGAGCGCAGAUAGGACGAGCGCUGCAUGCUGCAUUGCAAUAUAUCCACAUAUUUACCUAUGUAUACAUUAUAAAAGUAUCUAUAUUUAUAUAUAUAUAAAAAAUAUUGCAAAAGGCCCAAAAAAAAAAAAAACAAAUUGAAAAAAUAACAGUAAGCAACGAAUUUAGUUGCUGCGUUACGUUUUAGCCAGAAUUAACUUUGAUUAGAGCGCUUUAAACGUAAAUUGUACUUGAAGCACUUGUGUAUUGUGUAUUUUAAUUAUAGACUGCUUCAAUGAGCAAAACUCUAAAUUUAUUAAAUAAUUUGUGCAUA